AUGCAUUCAAGGUUGUUGCUCGCGCUGCCAUUGAUUGCGGCGGUGCAGGCUGAGCAGGUGUGUAAUGUGGUCACGAAGACAAUCGCGGGUAAUACUGUCUGGGUUCCUGGGCCGACUGGGGUUGAGCAGGGAGGGCAGCAUGCGUGGCUGCCGGUUGGACCUGGCGAGGACUGGUCUGAUGAAGGGAAGCCUGAUAAUGGAUCUGAGGGCCCUGGACAUGACGGGCAGCCAGGCGAGGGUCAUGACGGCGGACCUGACAAUGGAAGCGGUCCCGGUGAGGGUGAUGAGCCGGGCCACGGUCAUGGCGGGCACGGUAAACCUACCUCGACGAUCUCGACGACCUCCAGCACGCAUGGCGGCCCAAGCAAGCCAACCUCCACGAGCUCCAAGACGUACAGUGGCCCAGGGAAGCCGACCUCGGUGACCUCAACGACCUCAAAGACGCAUGGCGGACCUGGAAAGCCAACCUCAACAAAGGCCUCCACGGAGACGCCCGAGACCACCACCACAACCACAAAGAAGCACCAUAGUUGGGGAGAAUGGACUGUCGGACCUGGCGGAGGUGUGCUUUGCACAGCAACCAGUACCGAGUAUACCGCCAUCACCGAGACAGGAACCACGACUAUAACUCCCGAGCCAUCAACCACGAUCUCGACUAUUCUCGAGACAGCCAUUGUGACAGAGAUUGCCAAAGACAUCACAAACACGUUCAGCAGCACCACGACGAUUCUCGUCCUAGAAACGGUCAGCGAAGUGGUAACAGACGUGAGCACCAUCGUCGAGAGCACUGUCGUCGAGACAACCGCCACAGCCAGCACGGUCGCUGCACCUGCGCUCUUCACCCCAAUCCAAGCCAUGUACAAUGAAUCCGGCCGCGUCGAGCCCAUUUUCAAGCGCAACGUCACCGCCCCUUCAUCCACGAAGCCGCCCACGCCCGUGACCACCUCCACCGAGACGAUCUCCCUGCUGAGCACAAUCACAGCUCCCGCAGAGACAGUCACGAAAGAGACCACAAGCACAUUUCUCACCACCUCCACUGUCCCCGGCACUACCGUCAGCACCACGCUUACCUUCACCGACCACGCCACCGAGAAGACGACAACCACUAGCACGCUCGUCACCUCCACGACCAGCACCUCCACUCUACGCCGCCUGCCAGGCUCCAACAUCCUGACCAAUUACGCCGGCCAGCAAAUCGAAGGCAUCGGCCCGAACCCGUUCAGCCUGGGCUACGGCGUUGACGCGACCGACUGCUGUGUGCAAUGCAUGCAGUUGGACGGCGGUUGCGGUGCCGUUGCAAGAGGCAACACCGGCAUUUGUUACUUCGCUGGAGUCGGCGCGGGCAAGACAACGUGCGAUGGAGGCAAGACUGCGGGAUUCUUCCAGACGGCGCUGCUGACGGAGGGUUUCCAGAUCAUGAAUGGUGGCUGCGGGAGGUGGAACUUUGGGAGUAUGUGA